CUUCAAGCAUAUCGCGUGUAACCAUCGAAUUAGCUGUUAAUUCUUCUUCAUUUUACAGCAUUCCACAUCAAUUUUAGACCAAUUUUCGAAUAUUCUAAACCAAUUUGCCCAUAUUCCGAGUAAAAAAAAGUGAUUCAUUCCAAAAAUGAAGACAAAAUCACUGAUUCCUCUAGCAUAUUUGCUUGUGUCAUUGGUCGCGAAUGUGAAUGCUGUGUGCAAUUUAUGUGGCUCAAGUUCGGGUGUGAAAUGUCUUACAUCCAAUACAUUUCAAUUCUGUUCAAGUGGAAUGUCAAGCGGUUCGACAUACACAUGUCCUACGAAUACUGUAUGCAGUGAUACAUCUGAUAUUUGUGCCAGCCCCUCGACAAUUUCGGCCGAUUGCCCGACAUCAUGUGGAACAUGCAGCUCAGACAAUCGCUUUGCUUGCAUAAACUCAACUACGUAUGCUCUGUGCUUUGGCAGUACAACACCGAGUACCAGCUACGAGGCUUCAUGUCCAACGAGUCAAUAUUGUGACAUUACCGCUACCGCUCCUUCAUUCUGUAGCAGUGAUUCAACCAAAAGCUGUGACUCAACUAGCGCCACUUCAAGCACUGCAUCAACAGCUUCAACGGCUUCAACCGCGUCGACAGCUUCAACUGCAAGCACGGCUAGCACAGCUUCGACGGCUUCAACGGCUUCAACGGCCUCAACGGCCUCAACGGCCUCAACGGCUUCAACGGCCUCAACGGCUUCAACGGCCUCAACGGUUUCAACGGCCUCAACGGCCUCAACAGCUUCAACGGCCUCAACAGCUUCGACAGCUUCGACAGCUUCGACAGCCUCAACCGCGUUGACAGCUCCAACUGCAAGCACAGCUUCGACAGCAUCAACAGCCUCAACAACAGCAGCUACUCCCGCCCCAUCGAGCUAUUGCUCAACGAUCAAUGCCCGAGAUAAGUCUCGAUAUGCAGCACCAUUUACAACAAAUUGUUCACAGUAUGUCUACUGCUUUAUAAGGUCAGGAACCCUGUACGGUUCCUAUUAUAAAUGCACUGGAUCAACAAUUUUCAACAAUGUAACCGGUUACUGUGUCGCUUCGUCAUCGUACAAGUGCCCAACUGGCCUUUGAAGCUUCCUGUUAUUCCUAUUAAACUCAAAAUAAACUAAUAAACGAACUUUCAGUAAAAAAUCGACCAAACAAUGUCAUAUUUUGUAACGUUAAUGUUUGUUUAGCAUUCAAUAUUAUGGUUUGGCAAUUUAAAUCCGGCGCCAAAACGAAGCUUAACGAAAAUAAACACACAAUAUUCAGUCUGAAACCAACUUCAUGCCAAUUCUAAUACACACUGCAGCGAAUGUAAUUGUUGGCGGUAAUUUUAUUUAAGCUGCGAUCAAAUUCAGGAAGUAAAUUUAAAAAUCGAAAUUGUUUAUGGUUGCGAGUUUUUAAUUGAAAACAAGAAAUUGAAAAUUUAUUUUUAAAAAAAUGUGUUCCAUGCAAAUGGUUCGCAUUUUAUUAGAAUGAAAAAUAUGUACUGAAAUAAAUUUACAACCCUUGGUACAAGAUUCAAAUAGCAUUUAAAUUACAAGUUUAAAAUCUAUUUUACAAAACCAGAAUUUAAUGCGCGCCAAUCAUUCGUUUGACGAAUGAAUUGAAUUUCAAACGAAGAAAAAAAAACAGAUCG